AAAAGGCUCCUCGGCGGCGUCGGGAGCACGUUCGUGCCGCCGGGAGGCUGAGCGCGGAGGAAGUGUGGCCCCGCUGGCGCGCCGUCCUGAGAGCGGCGGCCAUCUUGUGCGGGAGGCAGUGGAAGCGCUUCGCUGCGAGGAGGAGCGGCGGUCGCGCCUCCCUCGCCUGCCCUCUCCCCGCCGUCCUGCUGCUCUGCGCCAUGUCUGCCGAGAGUCCUGAGCCCGCCUCGGCCGAGGAGCAGAAGGAAAUGGAGGAUAAGGUGAUCAGUCCAGAAAAAGUUGAAGAAGCAAAAUUGAAAGCAAGAUACCCUCAUCUGGGCCAGAAGCCAGGAGGCUCAGACUUCUUGAGGAAGAGGCUUCAAAAAGGACAAAAGUACUUCGAUUCUGGUGAUUACAACAUGGCUAAAGCAAAGAUGAAGAAUAAGCAACUGCCUACUGCAGCUCCUGACAAGACAGAAGUCACUGGUGACCAUAUUCCUACUCCACAGGAUCUUCCUCAGCGGAAACCGUCUCUUGUUGCUAGCAAGCUGGCAGGCUGAUGAGAACAGCUGAACUGCAUGAUUAUUCUCAUUCCUGUUAUUUCUACUUAAUAGUUAUUUCUCACCCUCACAUCCCCUUUUUCUUUCUUACACUAAGUCAUGAGACUGACAGCUUUGCAGGUAGCGAUAGCAUGUGCUGCUAUUGUAAGGGAGUACUGUUAAGAGUAAAACAUGUAGUAUUUGGACUAGUUGAGAACAAUGCACUGAUUAAAAAUGACAAGUUUGGUUAGAGCAAUGUAAUCUACUUGAAAAUGUACAUAUUGCCCAUUUCCUAGUGUAGGACUGGUUCCAGCAAGUGACAUCGCAAGUUUUACAACUUCUAAUGUUUCUGCUUUUGUUAUUUCAUCUUAAUUACAGCAUAUUUGUAUUUAAUAUAACCUCCAGUUGUGUUGGUUUUUUCUUCUGUGUUUGGGUUUAUUGUCUCAAAUAGAGGUUUAGACCACAAGUUGCUAGAUGGUGAAGCAUGUAUAAAAACAAAGACAGGGCUCUGAUUGAAUUUUGUUUCUGCUUUUGAACUUGAACGGCCUUAAACCUGUUUCAGCUUUAACAAUAGAGUUUUUACUUGGGCAAUAUUUGCCCAUUCUGGUGUAACUCUUGUGAACCUAGUGCUUAUUGACAACUGCCUGUUGAAGCUGGUAUUCUCUUCAGUUCUGUAGCUUAGGACACACUUUUGUUGAAGAUGUGAAUGAAGUGUGCAUGUGCAUAGACUGUUGAAUUCACUCUUGUGCCAUUUUUGUAUAUACAAUAGUUUUGCACAACCUUUUGCAAACGUUUAUUAGUUUUGCGUUUUAGAAAGCAGAUAAUGUGCCAAUCAAAGCACAAGUGAUUCUGUAUCUUUGAAAGUCUUGUCCUGAAACUAAGAGCCCCAAAAUCUUGCUACUGAAAGUAAAAAAUGUGUACUUGAAAUUUGUGAAAUGCUUCACUUACACUUGGCUCAGCCUUACACUUUUGCAGUUGUAUAUUUUGAUUCGCAGCAACGUCCCACAUUCAAAUCUAAAUUUGGAAUUUGUACCAAUAUUUGCAGGCAAGUGCCCUUUCUGUUCAGUUCUUUUAAGCUUUUAAAGCUGAAAUGCUUUGUCCAGUGACCUGUGUGGCAAACACCAAAUCCAGCCUUGCUAAGGUUUGAUAUGCCAUUGUCUUUGGGCUAUUUUAGACUUCUGGAAGCAGAAGGUUGUAAUUUUAAUUAUUUUUUCUUUCCAGACUCCUGAAGUAGUAAUCUCCUUUUCUUUGUUAAACAAUAGCCCCUCCUUAGCUUUGGGCAGACAAAGAACUGGAAGUGGUUGAGAAAUAGGUAACUUCAUCUCAGAAAAUGGGGAUGAACUUCAUCUUUAUGAUGCAGAUUAAGUACUAGACUGCCAAAAUACGUAGUUGGUAUUAGGUAAUUUGGUGCGUUUAAAAACAUGUUUGUUCAGUGCAAUCAAAAUGUUAAAAGUGCAGUAUGAUCUGUAAGGCAAUUGUUUUUCAUACAGGUUCUUUGGAAAUGUUAGAAAACUUUAAAAAUUUAGAUUAGUUUACUGAAUACCUUUCUCUUGAAAGAAACAGUUCUGAAACAAUCCGUUAAAAGCAGAGCACCAAUGUGGGUGUUUGCAAGAGAAAACACUCUAAAAGAUGUAUGUUUUCAGAAGGAUGCACUUUGUGAUAACACCUUCAGAAAACUCUUACACGAUAAAGAACUGCUAGUCAGAAAAAACACUGCCCUUCUGCAGGCAAGCAUAGGAAAAUGAAUAAGAGAAAAUAAUCUUAACUCUGAUUUGCUUUUAAUUGGAACAUGAGAAAAGUAUACUGGUGUCUAUAUAAUGUCUUUGGUUCAGAGAAAUCAUUCCAUCUAACCUGAUGCUUUUCAGGUCCUUAUAAUAGCCCUUAUCCAGUAAUUAAAUGGGCUUUCAUUUAUAAAGGAUUUCUGAUUUUUUUGCAGAACGGUUGAAGAAAUGGACCUACUUGACCUCUUUAAGAAAGAAAUUAGGCUGGGAGAAUACCAAGGAAACUGGAUAUAUUGAAGUAAACUGCUUUUUAUAGAUGUUUGUCCUAAUGUGAAAAUCCCUCUUUAUUUUUAUAUGCACAAAUGAAACUGAAACAUAAUUGACAGGACUGGGCCUGAAACAAAUUUUGAACAAAUUUAAGAUGACUUGCUGUGUAUUAUCUGGUGCCACUAUUCUGUAGCUUACAUAAAGUGAGCUUUCUUCAUGUUUGUGAGGGUUCAAAAAAAACAGCCAUUUAAAUUUAAACAUUCCACUCACUUAGCUACAACUCAGCUUGUCCUGCUGGUUGGACAGCACAAGCUCUUCCGAUGCUCACUCAGUGACUUGCAGUUCUUAAGGCUACUAUAAAUUCAGCUAUGAAUAUAUUAUCCAUGUGUAUAUUUGAAGUACUGUAAUACUAACUAGGUCAAUGACUGAUUAUGAGCCUUCACAUCUGACAGACCUCAGCAGGCACAGCUUUUUUGAAUCUAUAUACUGUAUAAAAGUUAAGUCCAGUAAAUCAGACAUGACUGCAAAUUGAUGCUUACUUUCAGCUUACUCCAGCAAGAUAACUCAGCUACCCAAACUUAUGUACAUAAUGUAUUAUAUGAGUUUUACCAUUUGAUAAUUGCCUUUUUCAAAGAAAACCUGUCCACACUGUAGACUGGCAGUCCCUUUCAUAUCUUGCCUUUAAAGGUAGACAGUGUUUAGUUACUAGAGUAGUACUCAUCUAGAAUUAUAAUAGGAGAUAGCAUCAACAUUUUAUUUGAGAUAGUUAAGUGGAUUAAUUACAACUUCACAGAUAUAUCCCCAAAUCUGUAGCACCAAAGGCUUCCCUCUCAUUGUUCUUGAUGUAGUAGGACAGUGUUUGUGUAAAGGCCACAGGAGUACAUUUUGUUGGACAUACUUACACCCAGUCAAGAUGUUAAGGUGAUAAAAUGUCAAUUGUUCUUAACAAACUUACACAUUGUAUAGUAUACAGAAUAAAUUGAUCUACUUAGUUUUUAUUGCAA